GCCAUAUAUAAGUAUAACCUUAUGAGUGUGAGAGUGGCAGUUGAAAAUAAUAAAUUUGAAGAGUUAAUUGAAAUGCAGAGCGAGAUAGCACCGUUUGUGAUGAAAACAUACCAAAUACUAAGCGAUCCGACCACGAAUGGGAUGAUCGCAUGGGGUAGGGCUAACAACAGUUUUAUUGUGUUGGAGCCUUUGCAUUUUUCGCAGACGAUUUUGCCGCUUUAUUUCAAGCACAACAAUUUCUCCAGCUUCGUGCGCCAGCUCAAUACUUAUGGGUUCAGGAAGGUUGACCCGGACAGGUGGGAGUUUGCAAACGAAUGGUUCUUGCGCGGGCAGACGCAACUACUGAGCAACAUUGUGAGGAAGAAGCAAGCCAGCGCAACAACCGACGCUUCAUUCAUGAUCAAACACCAAGCAGACGAAGAUGAUGAUGAUGAUGAUGAUGAUGAAUUGGAAGUGGAGAUCGCGAAGCUAAGGCAAGAGCAAGAGAGUUUGGGCGACGAGCUCGAGAGCAUGAGCCGGAGGCUGCAGGCAAGAGAGAGGAGGCCCCGACAGAUGAUGACUUUCUUGUGCAAAGUUGCUCAAGAUCCUCAAAUUCUGCCCCAAAUCAUGCUCAUGAAUAAUACUAAUGACACACAUCUUAUAACAUAUGACACCAGCAGCAGCAAGAGGAGUAAGAUUAUGGAGUCUUCAUCCACUUCUUCUUCUUCUUCUUCUUCUUCUUCAGGAAUGACUAUAUCUAGUUCAUCUGUCAAGAGUGGAGAGGAUCUUGAUGGCCGGAUUUCGUGGUGUGGAGGAAGAUCGAGCGUUGAUUGUUGUGUGCAAUCAUCCGAGGAUGAGAGAUUUGGUAUGUGUAGUGUGAUCAGGCAGGAACAUCAUGGUUAUGCCACUCUUUCUAGUUCAUCAACUGCCGGUGCACCGCUGAUGAAUGGCAGUGGCGGUGGAGUUUGUUUGAGUUAUUUUGAAGAUCUUGAAAUGGCUACGCAGAAACCUGCACCAUAUCCAUUCUCACUUCUUGAAGGAGGAUUUUAGCCCCUUUCUUUCUAAGUAAUUUUCAUCAUUUAAUGGUAGGAAUAAAACUCUAGUAUGUUGAUGCAUUAUCUGCACUUGUCUAUAUAUGUAAUGUAAAUUCUGCAUACUUGUAGGUUUUUGUUUUACAAAAAAAAUAUAUGUAUUCGGCUACCUUUAGUUUAACCUAUACCCCAUGCCAAAUGGAGUAUAUUGUAUAGCGUGUACAUUCAUAUAUAAUAACAUCAAUACAAUUAAAUUC